GCCUGCGCAGUGGGGAGCAGUUCGUGGCUAGGUUCUGGGCUGCAGUCUGGGUCUGAAGGCGGCCGGAGCGGCUGUCUCAAUUACGAUGAGGCUCCUGCUGCUUCUGCUGGUGGCGGCGUCGGCGGUGGUCCGCAGCGAGGCCUCUGCCAACCUGGGCGGCGUGCCCAGCAAGAGAUUAAAGAUGCAGUACGCCACGGGGCCGCUGCUCAAGUUCCAGAUUUGUGUGUCCUGAGGGUACAGGCGGGUGUUUGAGGAGUACAUGCGGGUUAUUAGCCAGCGGUAUCCAGACAUCCGCAUUGAAGGCGAGAAUUAUCUCCCUCAACCAAUUUACAGACACAUAGCAUCUUUCCUGUCAGUCUUCAAACUAGUAUUAAUAGGCUUAAUAAUUGUUGGCAAAGAUCCUUUUGCUUUUUUCGGCAUGCAAGCUCCUAGCAUCUGGCAGUGGGGCCAAGAAAAUAAGGUUUAUGCAUGUAUGAUGGUUUUCUUCCUGAGCAACAUGAUUGAGAACCAGUGUAUGUCAACAGGUGCAUUUGAGAUAACUUUAAAUGAUGUGCCAGUGUGGUCUAAGCUGGAAUCUGGACAUCUUCCAUCCAUGCAACAACUUGUUCAAAUUCUUGACAAUGAAAUGAAACUCAAUGUGCAUAUGGAUUCAAUCCCACAUCAUCGAUCAUAGCCCUACCUAUCAGCACCGAAAACUCUUUUACACUAAGGGAUUUUGCAAGAGCAGCGUGACUGACAUUAUGAAGGCCUGUACUGAAGACAGCAAGNUGUUAGUACAGACCAGAUGUUUCUUGGCAGGCUCGUUGUACCUCUUGGAAAACCUCAGUGCAAGACAGUUUUCCAUGCUGGCACAUGCUGAAUUCUGCACAUACAUGUAGUGCAGUGGUCCUGUGUAGCUUCCCCGAGCCCACUGUUCAUAGUUUCUUCUUGACAUAGCAUUACUACUUGUAAUUCUUUUCUUGGUCAUGUGUGAGAAAGCACAGCAUUCAGUUAUAACUUGAGUUUUUUUCAACAUGUGUGUUAAGUCGGUUGUGUUUUUAUAUGAAUUUUCAUUUUCUUUUUAAAUAGUUGAACAUCAGUUUUCUUGGGGCAACACCUGAAGUUCCCAAAUAAUUUUUAAGAGUUUCUCGGAUAGCUCUAAUUGGCCAUGUUUAAUACAUAGUUUUGAAAACAUUGCAGAUUGUGAACAGUAAAUUAUACAGGAUUAUGGAGAGGCAAUCCAAUAUCCAGAAUACUCUAUUCUCUGUGUGUGUGUGUGUGUGUGUGUGUGUGUGUGUGAGUGAGGGGGGGGAUUAUCAAGAACAGCAAAACCAACUACUUUAAAAAUCCUAUUGUGUAGUUCAAAUGUCUUGCCUUGACCAAUCUAAUGAAUUAAUUAAUGGGCCCUUUAUACUAAACUCAUUUAAACUGAGCAGAUGUUAAGGUAAAUGAAAGUUUACUGCUCAGUGCCUCUGUUAGCAUUAUUUUUAACAACCAUCUGCCUAAGUUUUUUGUUUUUGACUUACAGAUAAUCUCAUAAAGAACAUACUUUAGAUUCACACACAAGUAAUGAGCUAAUUUACUGUUUUUAGAACGGUUGAAACUCACCUCACUAAAGAAAAAUUCAGCGAAACCUCUUUACAAAGUAUGUAUUAUGUAAACAGAGAUCAUUUGUCUAGUGAUUGAAUUAUCUUAACAUCAUAUAUCAGAAUUUUAUUGUAUUUGAAAGACAAAAUUAAAAAUAUUUUUAAUGUUUUCAUAUUGUUCCAGAGUUCUAAAGAGAAAUUCAGAGUUGAUAAAGACAAUAAGAAUGAUUUCGCAGAAAUAGAGCAUAAUUUUGAAUAGCAGUUACAUAGCAGCUGUGGCAACAGAAAGGGAUUAAGUGGAAGAGCCAAAUGUAACCCUGGACUUGUGAGUGGAAGUUAUGAGCUGAGGGAAGGAAAUGCAAUGGGUGACUUGAUGUUGAUGCCACCUGACUCUUAGAUGUUGAGAGCAGCUUGACUACUGGACAUACACUGAGUNCAUUCNGGCAAUGCCUCUUACAGCCUAAAGUGGAAUCUACUGUGAUCUUCAGAUAGCAGGAAGAUAGUCUAGUGAUNGAAUNUUACCCUUUUGACUAGGAUCGUAGCACUGCUAGCCUAGGUUCUUGGUACUAGACAUUGUAAUUUAAAUGGAAAGUUCCAUAUAUAUGUAUAUAUUGACUAGAUCUUAAAACCUUGCUAAUAUGGUUGUCUACCACUUCAGACUUGCAAAGUUUAACAUUGGAGGGGCCUUUCUUCAAGUAAUAGGCAUUCCAUUUGUGAUGCAGUUAGCUUAAUGGCACAUAGACAUUCAUAAUUUGAGCCAUGGAUGUUCAUGUGUACUUGACAGGUCAAACUAUGAAGGACAAUGUCAAAUCCAACUUUCUCCGUGUAUGCCUUAGGUUGAAUUUGUUUCCAAGUUAAUAGCUUUUACUGGCUUAGACAUUCACACUCAUCUCUGUUUUAUUUUAUGCUUAGUCAUAUUUAAANCCAGAAUUUAAUAGUCUACUAGACAGAUAAAUGAGAUGCAUGAAUAUAAAAAUAUAUAAGGGAAAGGAGAUGGUAAACUAUUUAUAACUUUAUUAUAUUACUAACAUUUCAAAGUUUAUUAGUUGCUUAUAAAUUGUAUAGUUACAAAAUGUCUGUGCUCCAUUAAUCAGAAGAUCGCAANGUAUCAGCAGGCUGGCUAAUUUUACUGGAGUUUUCAACACAGUUGCUAUUGUGGAAGGUUUUUUGCAUUAAUUAAAAAGUUGGUAAAACCUGGCUUUUACCUCAGCGUGUCAGAUGUAGAGAACACGUGCUUUCAGUGUAUGAGUGGCAUUGGCUGUGCACUGGCAUUCGUGAUAGCUGCUCAGCCUGAACAGCUGUGAAAUGGGGUGAGCUCCAGUCAUGGUUCAUUCUUACUUCAGAGGUUUAGUAGUUUGGAAGUUUGAUUGACUGGCACAUUCUAUCAUUGUCAUAACUUAAAUAAUUCAGUUAAAAUUUUUUAAAACAUGAUUUGAUAUUUAGGGCUUUUCUUUUUUAAAAAAUGAGAAGCAAGUAAAGAAUUGUAAAGAUUUGGGACUUAUUUGUGGCAUUGUGAAAAUAAAUAAGCCAAUGUGAAAGGAA